AUGAAUCAGCAAAUAUAUUUUCCUCAUGAUCUCAUAAGAAGAUUAAAGAAGCAGAAAAAUAUAGAAGCGUGCCUUUUGGGAUACAAAUAUGGCCCUAUUUACAUUAUAGUUCAAUUAGUGGAGUCCGACGUCGCCAAUCGAUUGAAGCAUUUACCACCAACAUUAAAAGACUUGUCAAUAAUUGGAAGCAUUAAUCAAAAUACUUACGAUUUGAAAUUUAAAUUCAGUGCUGAGUUUGAUGUUCCCACCAUAACCGAAGAUAGGACGUCUUUUAGUGUCGUAUUUUUUGAACCUCCUAACUUCAAGAAUUUAGAAUAUUUUUCUAUUGAUCCUAUUCUUCUACAAUCUACAUCCAUCAAAGAGCAUAAUCUGAAUAGACAAGAGGAUCACUUUAGAUUGCUUGAGAAAUCAGCAGAAUUAAAGUAUGAGGCUGACGCAAUAUCGGAUGGCAUGAUCCUAGAGAGAAUUAAUAAGGUGCUUAGAUUAAGAAUUUCUCUUGCUGAAAUAUUGCAAAGGACGGAUUCCGUUGAUGAUCGAACGCGUAAUGGAUGGGUCUAUAAAAUAAAGCAUUUUUUCCUAGCAUUAGUCGUCAGAAUCACAACAACCAUUCAAUAUGUAUGCAUUUGGCUCAUUUACUUAAUAAACUAUAAAGUAUUUCACGUCAGUCUUGUUGACUACUCACAAGUAUUCAAACAAUUGGAUUUAAGGUUGAAGCAAAUAAACUAUUUCCCAAUUCAGUUUCUUUGUUACUAUGAUAAGAGUAUUCUUUACGAGGACUCGAUUCUUUUGGUCAAGUUGCAGCUACCGAUUUUCAACUCAAAUUUGAAUAUUAAUAAUUCUAACUAUAUCAACCUUUACAAUUCGAUCUGGCUUAUUGUAAAUGAUGUUCUUCUAGGCUGGACAAUGUAUAAGUUUGUCACUGCAAAUAUUGAUUUUACAUAUAAGUUUUUGCAUCAAUAUUUGAUAAAAAAUAUUUUAUUCGAUGUCUUAUUCAGACUUAUUUCGUGGGUAUCAUUUCAUCAUCCAGCGGGGUUUAAAUUAAACAGCGAGCUAGGUACUUUCAUCGGGGAUUUGUUUUUAUGGACCUUAAAAUUUUGGAAGAUUCUUUUUAGUGACUUCAUUGAGGAAACAUUGUCAUCAAAUAUGAGAUUCUACGUAUUAUCCUUUGCCAAGGGUAUGAUGAAAGUUCUUUGUACUUGUGGAAUUACCUUUGUGUUUGCAUUUUCAGUUGACGUGAUUCAGGUUUUGACGUUUCACUUAUACUGUUUUUACUAUACUUCCUCCAGGAUCUAUCAGAAACAAAUAUCUAUCAUUAAAUCGCUUUUCCAAUUGUUUAGAGGCAAAAAAUACAACGUGUUGCGAAAUAGGAUAGACAACAUGAACAAUUAUCUGAGUCAGGGAGAUAUAUUUGAAAUUGAUCAAUUGCUCCUAGGAACUUUGAUGUUUAUGAUCCUCAUCUUCUUGCUUCCCACUGUCUUUGCAUUUUACUUGAUGUUUUUUCUAUCAAGGCUCCUUGUUUUAGGAGUUUUAAACCUCAUUGAAAACCUCAUGAUAAUCAUUAACUUCACUCCCUUGUUCGUUUUAUUACUAAAGUUUAAAAAUUCAAAUAGACUUCAAGGUGGGAUUACAUUCACAUACGUGAGGUCGAUUGCAAGCACUGAUUACUUGAAACUAUCAAACAAAUCUUUGAGCUACAAAGAGAUAUUCCAGAACUUUAUCAAAUUACCAACAACGUCGAAAAGCUUUAGAUAUGACCUUUUCCUGUGCUUUGUUAGGGGCGAAGUUGUAUUUAUGAAACGAAAUCAUGAUUUGAAAUUUCAGUAUUUAAUGCUACCAAAGCAUUACGAAAGAACUACAGAUAUUUGGAAAUACUUCCAAUUGUAG